CGAAAGGGGGUGGGGAAGAGGCGAGGGUACGCAUCAAUUUGUAGUCUUCAGUUGGCACCCCUGUUUUUUCUUUCCUGCAACGAAUAGGAAGAGAUUUUCUUCUGCAUUAUUGUUAUGAUCGGAGCCCGUUGCAAUAUGAGCCUGCACGAGCUUCUGUUGACAGACGCCUUGACUGUGAGGUGUGCGUGUCAGCGUGCAACAUAAAACGACAAAACAGAGGGAGAGAAAGGAAAGGGAGAGUGAGAGCACGCAUCGCUGGAUAUUAUAGGUUUUGGUAGCUCUCAUGGUGUAACACAUAGCCCAGUCAGUAAGCAACAGAAACCAGUUCAUUGCCUGCAAUGGCUUGUGUCGUAAAAUGGACGUUUUAAAGAAGAAAAAAUGAAAACACGGACACACAAAGAAUCGAUGCCCAUGCGCAGUGGGCGACGGCGGGGGACAAGUGAGGAGAGACGGGGAAGGCGCCCGCACCCCAGUCCCACUCGCCCUGAACGCAACGAUAGACAGACGCAAAGAGGUGCUGGUGAGGAAUUGGCUGGAAAUCGCUUCAGUCGCAGAUCACAAGGGCAUGAUUCAUCAGAGAGUGAGGGGGAGGAACUUGUGUCUCCUCCAAAGAGGCAGAAAGUUCAGGAUCCGGCCUCUACCCCUAACCCUCCUACAUCAACACACUCGACUGACAGCUCAGCCCCUUCCAAUGUCCCACCUCCAACUUCAGUUACCAGCCAAUCCCGGGAGAGUGACAAUGAAGACGGCCAAUCCCAGGGCAGUAGGAGUUCAGUUGUAGGGAGCCUGGCCAAUAGCAGCAGUAGUCUGAGCAGUGGGAGGGAUAUAGACCAGGACAAUCGUUCCUCAUCCCCGAGUCUAUCCGCUUCCCCUCUGGGUAGCCUGGACUCUGAUUCCGAUGGCCCUGACUCACCAAAGCACGGAGAGAGGGAACGAGAAAAAGGCAAGGAGGGAGGAGUGGGCAAGGUGGCAGGAGAGGAUAGGAGAGUGCUAAGAGAGGGGAGAGGAGGGGAAGAGUCCUGUGGAGAUGGAGAAAAGCGGGAGGUGGAUGCACGUAAUGAAGACUGUCCAUCUCUUAAGCCCCCGUCCACUCCUUGCUCUUCCUCGGGUCUGACUCCCUCUCUGCGCGGAGCUGGGGAUUCAUCAAAUGACAGCAAUAGUGGGAGAAAGUCCUAUUUUUCCCUGGACUCCAAACUGAUGUGUAAAGUUGAAUAUGGCGGACCGACGGGCGUUGACAGAAUUAAUUCCAAAGCCAGUUCGCAGUGUGUGUCCAAGCCAGCUAUCUCAGGAGGAGAUUUUUCUCAUAGCAACCCCAAUAUUCCCCACCCUUUGCCCCCUCCUCUACCUCCUCCACCUGCCCUGAAGCCCCUGGAGCUUGGGGGACAAAACCUGCCUGCUGAAGUAAAGACAGAACGAGACAAAAUAGAAAAGACAGACAAACUGGAGAAGUCCAAUCCUCCAUCUCUGUUGCCUCAAACCAGCCCCCUUCCACUGUCCCAGUCCCAGCCUCAAACCCAAUCCCCCGCCCACCCUCACCAUUACAGCUCUACUAGCUGGCAGAGUGGCACACCAACGGGUUGCCAGGUGAACUGGGGUUACACUCGUUACCCCGGCAACCACCACCCGCACCAACCCCAGCACCAGCCACCUGUGCAGCAGCAGCAGCUUCCCUCUGUGUACAACCCUCCGUCCUCUCGCCACUCCUCCUCCCACCCCUCUUACCUUCCCCAUUCCCACCACCAUCACAGGGAGUACCUUCCCAGGUAUGCUGGGGGGGGAGGGGACAGAGAGAGGGGAGCCGAAGGGGAGAGGGAGAGGGGAGUGAGGGGGGAAAGUGGGGGGAGGGAGAUCAACAGGGAGUUCUCUGCUCCUAUUGGCAACGGCAGCAACAAUAGCGGUGGGGGUAAUAGUAAUAAUGCUUGUGGCGGGAUCGGUGGGUCUAACAGCAUCCAAGGCAGAGAGUUUGGGGGUCACUCAGUUGGUCGGAACCGGGACUUCCAAGGUUCUGGCAGAGAUGGACCUAAUUUGGGCCCUGAAAAAAGAGACUUUGGUCCAACAUACAGAGAAAGAGAGCGAGGGGGGGAAAGGGAACGGGAAAGAGAGCGAGAUACAGGGAGGGACUUCCCUCUGCCAAACCAAAACCAGAGUAGAGACUUUGGCCCCAAUGGAACUGGAGGAGGGGGGCAAAGAGACAAAGAUGGAGGCAAGUGGGGUGAGUUUGGGGGGCAGACUAGAGAGGUGGUUAGCACCAGUAACCAAAACAACAACUCCAUUACUCCAAGUUCAACCAGCGGGCUACCUGUCACCCCAAUGCUGAAUCGAGACCCCCCGGCAUCACCCCAAAACAACCCCAGUCACACAUCCCAUUCCUCCCAGCCUCCACAUCCACACCCACAUCCCCCAAACCCAUCCAACCGAGAGUUCCCUUCUCCUAUAGACCAAGCACAAACUCCCUCCUCUGGAGCAGACCACUUUCACAGAGAGUUUCCUCCCACUGGAGGAAAAGACUUUCCUGCUAGUGCACCAUCUUCCACUGCCACAAAUCGAGAGUACCUAAGCCCCCCUGGGGUGACUCCUAAUCUAGGACGAGAGUAUUCAGGACCUGGAGGAACCCAUCACCCCCACCAAACUCACCCCCACUACCAGUCUGGGUCUAGAGACAGAGAAAGAGACCCCAACAUGCGAGAAUCUGCUCUGUACCAAAACCGUGGAGGCCCAAAUCAACCUCCUACACUAUCUCCUUCCUCUUCCUCCAGCCAUCAUGGACACCCUCUGAAUGCCCCUUAUCCCCCUCCACCACCUCUACCCCAAAGUCAAACCUCCCACACCCAGCCACCUCCAUCAAAUAUGGCCUCCAAUGUACGCCCCCCACACUACCAGUCCUCCUCCCAGACCCCUCCAACACCCUUAUCUCCAUUACCCAGCCAAUCCACCAAUCAGAUGGGAAGCUUCUCAUCUUUUCCCCCUGGCUCGUCCUCUGGACCCAGCGUGCCGCUUCCGGGUUCAGGUGUGUCAUCCAGCUGUUCACCUGGAUGUCGGCCCUCCCCUUUCCAUGGCACUUUGAACAGCCAACCUCCAUUCAGUGGAACGUACCACUCCAAUGGGAACAGUGGCAGUAACAUAGCCAACAGCAAUAGCAACAGUAGCGCACCGAACAACAGCAAUACCAACUCGCAAUCUCUCUCGCCUCAAAAUGUUUCCAAAGGACCCCCGCCUCUUAGUAACUCUGCAAACAACAGCAUUUCCAUCCCAGCCUCAAGCUCUUUGCUCCCUGGUGGAGAUGGACACGCAGAUUCCGCUCCACCUCCCACACCUGUGAUCAAAGAGGAGCCAAUAGAAGACAGGGAAGAGAGUGAAAGUCCACCCGUGCUGAGAAGCCCAUCUCCUGAACCCAAACCUGUAGACAUUCCCAUCCAUGCCAGCCAAUCAGCAAGAUUUCACAAGGUCCUUGAUCGUGGCAGCGGGAAUUCCUGUGCACGAAGUGAUGUGCUUUUUGUCCCGUUGGACGGCUCCAAACUGUGGAAGAAAAGGAACGAGGUUAUUGAAAGGGCACGUAGGGAGGUGGAGCAGCGAGCCAGAGACCUGAGAGAAAAAGAGAGAGAACGAGAAAGGGAGCGUGAGCGUGAGAGGGAACUGGAUCGACAUCUACAGCAGCAGAAGGACAUUAAUGCCGCCGGAGGAGGUCGCCAGGGCUCCACUCUCUUCUUCCCCUCCUCAACUUCUAUCAUCCUCGAUCCUUCAUCUUCUUCCUCCUCUGCCGCGGGGAACUCCGUCUCUCAACCUCCCCCUCACCACCAGCAUCAUCACUCACACCCGCAUGCUCACCUUACUCAAGCACACCAUCUCCACCCCAGCCUUGCCCACUCUAUCCCGCACUCCCUCUUACUGCCCUCAAUGGCUGGGGCCUCGGCGGUAGUUGGAGGCCCCCAGGGAGCCCUAGGAAUAGGUUUAGGAGGUCCAUAUCUGGGUCCUGACACUCCAGCACUUAGGACCCUGAGCGAGUAUGCCCGCCCUCAUGCGAUGUCUCCACUUGGGGCAGCAAGUCGUGCUCAGGCUCACCACGCUCAAGUUCACCAUGGCCAUCCCCAUGUGCACCCUUCAUUUUUCCUUCCUCAAUUCCAAAAUCAUGGUUUAGGCCACCCACAUCACCUGCCCACUGACGCAGCUACAGCAGCAGCCAUAUUGGGCUUUCUGUACGGCGGCAGCCUUGAAGGGGGUCAUGGUGUCGGAGGCCAUCCUGGGAUGGCAGGAGGCCCAAUACCUGGAGGGAUUGGGGGCGGAGGGUUAGGAGGAGUUGGAUUUCCUCAUGCGAUGGCUGCUCAUCGAGAACGUAUAAAGCAAGGGUUUGAAUUUAAGAGCGAUGAGCGGAUUUACCCACCAGGAUCCAUACAUGAUCCUGCAGCUCUUGCCCUUGUUCACUCUCAUUCUCAUGCUCAUGCUCAUGCUCAUGCCCAUGCCCAUGCCAAUGCCCAUGCCCAUGCGCAUGCGCACUCUCUGCUCCUUGGAGGAGGUGCAGCAGGAGCAAAUGAGGUGGCACUUUAUGGCACUCCUCCUCCGCCAGCACCGCCUGGCCCCCCACACCUCCAAAAUCCAUCUCUGGCCCCAGUAACUCGACCUCCCAACCCAACUGCCCCUCAGUCCCUGUCCAAUCCACCUCCCUCUUCUCUCCUCCCACCCUCCAUUCCCUCUCACCAAUCUUCUGCCCCGCCAGCUGCCCCCACAGCCCCACCAGGCCCUGCUGCUCCACCACCCGCUCCUCCUCCUACCCAAACUGCUCCACCAACCUCCAAUGCUGCCUCACUUCAUCACCCUGUCCCUCAUACUUCUUUUCCCAGCUCCCUAUCCUCUCAUCUGCCACCAGCCCCUGCCCAAGCCGCUCCCCCGGAGACCUACCCCACUCCAAGCCGCUCUCCCACCUCCUUUGAGCGAGAGAGGAGUGGGGAAAGAGAGCGGGAGAGAGAGAGAGACAGAGCACCUUUGCCUGCUUUUGGUGAAAGAGAGCGAGACAGAGAGAGGGAGAGAGAAAGGGGAGGAAGUGGUGGAAGUGGAGGAAGUGGAGGAAGUGGAGGGGGAAGCGGAGGAGGGGGAAGCGGAGGAGGAGGUGGAGGAGAGAAUCUGGGGCGUCUGCAGAUGUUAAACGUGACACCUCAUCAUCACCAGCAUUCACACAUCCACUCGCAUCUUCACCUGCACCAGCAAGACACAGCGACGGGCGGGGUUCACCCCCUGAUGGACCCGUUGGCGUCGGGGUCUCCUUUGGCACGCCUCCCUUACCCAGGAGCCACACUAGGCACCCCCAUCCUGGCUCACCCCCUCACUGACAGCGAGGUGCUCCGCCAACAGCUGUUCGGUGAGGAGAAGGCUCCUCGUCCAUGUGCUCCUUUCCGUGACCUGCCCCAGCCGUCCUCCCUCACUGGUCCGAUGUCAGCAGCCCAUCAGCUCCAGGCCAUGCAGCAGGCCCAGAGCGCGGAGCUGCAGAUCCAGAGACUGGCCCUGGAACAACAGUGGAUCCAUCACCAUCACCACCACUCCCUCACCCAGGACGAGUAUUACAGUCACCUGAAGAAAGAAAGUGACAAGACCGUGUGAGGGAGGGGCAAGACGAAGGGCAGCAUGGAGAAAACUGAGGGAGAAUGUGUGUAAAAUUAUACGCAAAACUUGGGGCACUGAAAAAAAAAAGAAUGAACAAAGAUUCAAGACAAAGGCUAAUGGACGGCAAUCCAGUGAAGAAAACACAACUUUAAAGGAUUUGCAAGAGAGGAAGGAGGGCGUGAAAAUGUUGCACACUGUCCCUGAUAACUGCACCACGUCGAGGAACAGACUUUAGCGCUUCCAUGCGUAAUGUUCUUCAACUCCAGUCCUGUUUUGUAUUGUGCUCUGUACAGUAUAUUAGAUGGGGGCUGAAACAGUGAAGUAUGGUAUGUGUAAAAUACUUGAUGCCAGGAAGGAAUGUGUACAUGAGUCUCUUUUAUGUCAUUGCAUGUAGUUAGGCGCUUAUUCUGAUCUGGUGGAACUUUUUGUUCUAUUCUUAGUAACUACCCCCUCUUUUGUAUCUGAGGGGUGUUCAAUAUGCAUGAGACCAGCAAUUUAGUGUUAUGUUCAUGAUCAAUAGUAUUGUUAUUAUGAUUAAUGUUGUCUGUUUGUUGAUAAUGAUAUAAUUAUAUAUACAGUACAUAUUAUUUGUAUUUUUUUACAUUUUCUUGGUAUGGCAGUUGGUUUUUAUUUUUAUUUUUUAUUUUCAAUUUACCUUGUGAAACAAGAUGCAAAUGAAGGACAAAAAAUCUGGAAAUAAAUUAUAAUCUUUU